GCACAACGAAUAUGAACAUAUGACAAAUCUGCACAAAUGUGCUUUAAACAGUAUAUAUAUAUAUAUGUAUGAAAAAACAUUUCUGGGUUUGUGUUUGAAAUGGAGACUUUAGAAAAUACAGGAGCUUUUCGCCCACAGAAGACAAACAAAAAUCCAAAUCAAGAAGGCAAUAUUUCAGGAGAAAAUGCAUUAGGAAGGUUACUUGAAAUUAAAGAAAAUAUUAGAAUUGAUGCUGCUUAUGGAUUUCGUAGAGUUGCAGACUCAAAAGAAAGAAUAGGAUUUUUACUGAAUAUGCACGCAACUGAAAUUGUAGAAGAUGAUAAGCGUCUGUUGAGUGGUGUGGAUUACUACUUCAUAGAGGAAGAUGCCACACGAUUUAAAGUAUCCUUACCAUAUUUUCCAUAUUUUUACAUUUUAUGCCGCAAAGACACUCUUGUGGAAGUUUCCACGUUUUUAUCUAAGAAGUAUGUAGGAAUUCUGAUGAAAAUUGAAACUGUUUACAAAGAAGAUCUUGACUUGCCUAAUCAUUUGAUUGGUUUAAAACAACAAUACUUGAAACUUUCUUUUGCAAAUACUGUUGAUUUAACAAAAGUCAAGCGAGAUAUUAUGCGUGUCGUUAAAGUAAAUAAAGAACGAGAGAAAAACAAUUCUCACUAUACAAACAUGUUAGCAACUACCUUGCAAUCAACUGAACAAGAUAAUAAACAAAGUUUAGGUCAUAUGGAUAAUAUUCUUGAUAUUAGGGAACAUGACGUGCCUCAUCAUGUCCGAGUAUCUAUAGAUGCUAAUAUAUUUUGCGGAACUUGGUAUUCUGUAAAGUCCAGAGGAAGUGAACCGCCUAUGAUUACUCGAAAAGAAGGGAUGAUCGAACCACCUGACCCUAUUGUGUUAGCAUAUGAUAUUGAAACUACAAAAUUACCAUUGAAGUUUCCAGAUUCAAGUAUCGAUCAAAUUAUGAUGAUAUCAUACAUGAUAGAUGGACAGGGAUACUUAAUAACAAACAGAGAAUUAAUCUCGGCGGACAUAGAAGAUUUUGAAUAUACACCAAAACCAGAAUUUGAAGGCCCAUUUACUAUAUUCAAUGAGCCUAAUGAAAAGGCGACGAUAGAAAGAUUUUUUGAUCAUAUCAAUGAAAUAAAACCUCAUAUAUUUGUAACAUAUAACGGUGAUUUUUUCGACUGGCCAUUUGUUGAAGCUCGGGCAGCUGUACACAACAUGAACAUGAAGGAAAGAAUUGGUUUUUCUAAGAAUCGUGAUGGUGUUUACGUCAGCAGGUCUGCUAUGCAUAUGGAUUGCUUAUGUUGGGUAAGGCGUGACUCUUACCUCCCAGUUGGCUCUCAGAAUUUAAAAGCUGUUGCCAAAGCUAAGUUGAGAUAUGAUCCAGUCGAACUUGAUCCAGAGGAUAUGUGCAGAUUAGCAUUAGAAGAACCAGAAGUUUUGGCGAAUUAUUCUGUUUCUGACGCUGUGGCAACAUUUUAUCUUUAUCAAAAGUACAUUCAUCCUUUCAUAUUCGCGUUAUGUACCAUUAUUCCUAUGGAACCUGAUGAGGUUCUUAGAAAGGGAUCUGGAACGCUGUGUGAAUCGCUUCUCAUGGUGCAGGCGUUUAGAGCCAAUAUUAUAUUUCCUAACAAACAAGAAAGCGAACUAAAUAAAUUGACAAAAGAUGGUCAUUUAUUGGAUCAAGAAACUUAUGUGGGUGGACAUGUGGAAGCGCUGGAGUCCGGCGUUUUCAGAGCUGAUAUUCCUUGUCGCUUUAAAAUUGUACCAAGCGCUAUAGAUCAGUUAAUGACCGGUGUAGAAAAAGCUUUGAAACAUACGAUAGAAGAAGAGGAAAAAGUACCUAUUCAAAUGGUCACAAAUUUUGAUAAAAUAGUGGAUGAAGUUAAGGGAAAGUUGCAGGCUCUCAAAGAUCAACCUUUGAGAUUAGAAAAUCCUGUAAUUUAUCACUUGGAUGUAGGCGCCAUGUAUCCGAACAUUAUUUUGACCAACAGACUGCAACCUUCCGCGAUAGUGAAUGAAAUGGAUUGCGCGGUUUGCGAUUACAAUAAACCUGAUGCUGUUUGUCAGAGGAAGAUGAAAUGGAUGUGGAGGGGCGAAUAUCUUCCUGCAAGUUUGGGUGAAUAUCAAAGAGUCAAGUUGCAAUUGGAAACUGAAAGAUUUCCAUCGCAGUUUCCUGGUGGUUCUAAAAGAGCUUUUCAUGAAUUAAGCGCAACUGAACAAGCGAUGUUUCAAAAAAAGAGGCUUACUGAAUACUGUAAAAAGGCUUAUAAAAAAGUCAAAAUUACUAGAACGGAAGAGAGAACGCAAACAGUUUGUCAGAAAGAAAAUUCAUUUUAUGUAGACACUGUGAGAGCAUUUAGAGACAGAAGAUAUGAAUACAAAGCGUUAACUAAGGUUGCCAAAAAGCAAGUAGCAACAGCGAUCGCGAAAGGGGAUGCAGCUGACAUAAAAUCUGCCAAGAAUAGAGAAGUUUUAUAUGACUCUCUUCAACUUGCUCACAAGUGUAUUCUCAAUUCCUUUUAUGGUUAUGUUAUGAGAAAGGGGGCACGAUGGCAUAGUAUGGAAAUGGGUGGUAUUGUAUGUUACACAGGAGCUCAUAUCAUCAUGAAAGCUAGAGAAAUCAUAGAACAGAUUGGUCGUCCAUUGGAAUUGGAUACCGACGGUAUAUGGUGCAUAUUACCUGCAUCUUUCCCGGAUUCUAUUAUAGUUCACACUACUCAAGAAAAGAAAUCCAAAUUCACGAUUUCGUAUCCAAAUGCAGUUCUCAAUUUUAUGGUGAAGGAUCAAUUUACAAAUGAAGUAUAUCACGAGCUUACGGACAGAGAUAAUUUAACAUACGAGAUCAGAAGCGAGAAUUCUAUAUUUUUCGAAGUCGACGGUCCGUAUCUGGCGAUGGUGUUGCCCGCUGCCAAAGAAGAAGGAAAAAAAUUAAAGAAACGUUACGCAGUUUUUAACUUCGACGGUUCGCUGGCUGAAUUAAAAGGUUUUGAAGUAAAAAGAAGGGGCGAACUACAAUUGAUAAAAAUCUUUCAAGCUUCCGUUUUUGAAUCGUUUUUAAAAGGUGACACGUUAGAGGAAUGUUACGCUUCGGUUGCGAAAGAUGCCGAUUAUUGGCUGGACUUGCUUUACAGCAAGUGCGAGAACAUGCCCGAUUCCGAAUUAUUCGAACUCAUAUCCGAGAAUAAAUCUAUGUCGCGUAAAUUGGAAGAAUACGGUGCUCAAAAAUCGACCUCAAUCUCUACGGCUAAGAGAUUAGCCGAAUUCUUGGGUGACGAGAUGGUUAAAGACGCGGGUUUAGCUUGUAGAUAUAUCAUAGCGAACAAACCGCAAAGCGCACCGGUCACCGAGCGUGCGAUACCGCUAGCGAUUUUUCAAUCAGAACCGGCUGUGCGAAGGCAUCAUCUGAAGAAAUGGCUGAAAGAUCCCACUUUGUACAGCGAUAACAUAAGAGAUAUCUUAGACUGGAAUUAUUAUAUCGAACGACUCGGGAGUGCCAUUCAAAAAAUAAUCACUAUACCCGCGGCGAUGCAAGGCUUGCCUAAUCCGGUUCCGCGAGUACAGCAUCCACCUUGGUUACAUAAGAAGGUUACGGAGAAAAGCGCGUCACACCGUCAGAAAAAGAUCACAGAUAUAUUUACUGUGUCCGUUAAAGAAAGCACUGACACCACCGAGGAACCUCGCGACAUCGAGGAUCUCGCAGGACCAUCGACUAGUUUCAAGAACUCAUCGGUUUCAAUCGUUAACAAGAGGAAGCGGUUGCAUUCGGAUGAAGACGAGGCAGUUCGAGCCAAAAGUUGGAAGGAAGCUCUGGGUUCACCUCCGCCCAUGGGGAAAACGAGAGAAGAAAUGCUCAAGUGGUUGGAGUUUCAUAAAAAGAAAUGGGCCUUCCAGGCUAAACAGAGACAUCAGCAUCGACAAAAAAGAAGCAAGACAAGCGACAACGAUAACGUCGGCUGGGGAGUGAUACGAAACGCGAACACGUCUACUAUGACUGGUUUCUUGAGACGUGCUCAAAGGAAAUUGUUAGAAACUCCUUGGCAGAUUGUCCAGUUAUCGGAAACGGGCGAACCUGGCAUGUUUCGGUUAUGGAUAUUGGUCGACACGCAGCUACAUCAAGUGCGUCUCGUAGUACCUCGCAUAUUUUACGUGAAUACUCGUAAAGCGAGACCGGACCCAGGACCUAAUGAACUCUGGAAGAAGAGCUUCAAAUCCUUACCACGUUCUCGUCCGGUAUACAAUCUGUAUCGAUAUGCCCUGCCGGAAUCUCUGUUUCAGAAGCAUAGUCGGGAGCUUCUAGAAGACUUGAGUAAACCAGAAAUCGAAGGAAUUUACGAGACGCAAAUGUCGCUGGAAUUCCGAGCUAUAUUGCAAUUAGGAUGCGUGUGUAUAGUCGAUCCACGUGCAGCGCGCAGAAUGGCAGACGGAGCAGACACGUUUACUCUGGAUCAGUUGGAAUACAAAAGCAUCGCCUUUCAUCCUUAUAUCCAACAAACUGAGGCGAUUAACUAUAUAUUCCUCUAUCAUCAUUGGAGCUCAAAUCAUCAAAGAGCGUUAUGGGGCUUGUUUUUAAGCGCCAGCAAGAAGACUCACGUAUUCGUUUUGGAUUCGGUCACAACAAAUCAAUUGCCAAAUAUGAGUACAUUAUACACGCAAGAACGUAAAGCAACGUUGGAGAAGAGCGGUGAGGACAAAAUAAACAGACUGCCAAAAACCAUGCAGUUUACGGUGCAGGUCGAAACGAGCUUUCAACAAAUAUGUCGGAUGUUGCAGUCUAUUUUGACGACAUACAAAAACGAAGGUCACGGAGCCACGAUUAUCGUUAAUCAAACCGCAAUCGACAAAACGACACUGACCACCGAAAUGCCACUGCUCAAUGAAUUUCCUCUCAUUAACACGCACGUGCGGGACGUCGAGAAUCUGUACGGCACGUUAGAGUGGCAAAAGAUAGGCGCGAGGAUGAUGAUACGACAUUACUUGAAGAGCCAGCAGAUCGUCGAAUUAAUGGCGGAACAAUGUCGUUUCUUUCACGCACCAAUUGGAAACAUACCCGCGGAUCCUACUCUUUUCGGUACGGAUUUAUUUUACGCCAGACACUUGCACAGAAACAACUUUGUCCUGUGGUGCUCGCCCACGGAGAAGCCCGAUUUAGGCGGCAGCGAGAACGACGAUAACAGAUUGCUGACGGAUUUUGAAGAGAGCUCGAGCUGCGCCGCGAACAAUUCGGGCUCAUAUUCCAGCGUGUGCGUCCAGUUGGAUGUGGAAAGUCUGGCGGUCAACGCGUUGCUGCAGUAUCAUCAUAUUCACGACAUAGACGGGACGAGUACGUUUGUGGCGUUUCACAAUCAGCAACGUCCGUCUGUUCAGGAUAUGGCGACUGGCAACGACGCGACAAUUAUUCCCAGUUACGAUGAGAUCACUCUCUGCAAUCCGGCAUUUAAAACGUUGCGCAGUAUGGUAAACGCCUGGAUACUCGAUGUGUCCAUGUAUAAAAACGUGUUCGCGGAUUAUCAACUGAUUCACUUCUAUCGAUGGCUAAGAUCCCCGAGUGCUCUGCUUUACGAUCCCGCUCUACGUCGUACUCUGCACACUUACAUGAAGAAGUUGUAUAUACAAUUGAUAGCGGAAUUCAAAGUAUUGGGUUGUAUCAUAGUCUUUGCAAACUUUAACAAGAUCAUCGUGUGCACGAAGAAGCGAUCCGUGGGCGAUGCUUUAGGCUACAUAGAGUUCGUUGUUCAGACCAUACGAAAUAAGGAGCUGUUCCAUGGCAUCGAAAUUACAUUCGAUCAGUGUUGGGAAUAUCUGAUAUGGCACGAUUUGCACAAUUAUGCUGGUAUCAAAGGGAAGAUAUCGAGGGAUGCCGAAGACCAGGAGAGCGCCGAAAAUGACGACGACGAGCCUGAAAUAAUAAUGAAUUGGAGCCUGAUGGAGUGUUUACCCGACGAAGCGGGAUGCCGAUCAAGUUUCAGCGCUAUAACAGCAGGAUACAUAAACGCGGUGUAUCAAUGUAUGAUGGAGAAUGAAGCUAACAAUACUGUGAGACCGAGACGAAGACUCAGUCAGUCUUCGUUCACACUUGGAUUAGGCGCGUUAGAAAAUGCAGCAGAAUACGCGAAGAAAUUGAUAUCGGGAGAAAUGUCUCAAAGAUUAUUCAAAAUAGUGCAAAAGAUACAUCGAAAUUUACCGGAAAAGACAUUAACUCUCGUAGACUAUCCGAAUUUGGAUAUGGGCGGAAAAGAAAGUAUAAAGAUCAAUCCUGCCCUUGAAUUAAUCAAAGCAUUAUGCAAGAUUUUGUCGUUGGACAAGGAAGUGGAAUACGAGGUUUAUAAUUUGAAGGCGAAUCUGUUACGGCUGAUCGGGGUCAACAAUUUCAGCGAUAAUGUCGAAUGGAAGGAUCCGUGUAUUUCGUUUAUUUUGCCAGAAGUCAUAUGCAAAGCGUGUAAUCACACGAGAGACAUUGAUCUUUGCAAAGAUCAGCACUGUGCGAUUGAAAAUAAUACGCACUUGUGGAAAUGUCCUAUCUGCGAUACCUCUUACGACAAUACAGAAAUAGAAUUCUCGUUAAUUGACAAAUUGAAUCGCAAAAGCAUGGGUUACGUGUUGCAAGAUCAGCAGUGUCGAAAGUGCAAAGAAAUCAAGCGAGACAACAUGAACAUAUUGUGUCCCUGUUCAGGCGAGUAUGCCAAUUUGAUCUCGCGAAACGAAAUCACAACACUUGUAAACAUAUGCAAGUCCGUAGCCAAAAAAUGUAAAAUGAAUAUCUUAUCAGAGAUAGUGGAUAACGCAAAACUCAUUAUUAGUUAAAUAAAUAACAAUAAAUUCUCUCUUC